AUGGCGGCGGGGAGGAUGGUGGUGAGUGUUACGGCGAGCAAUGCGGAGACGGGGGAGGCGGUGUUGGAGGGCGUGGCGGAGGUGGAGCAGGUGAGGACGGCGUAUGUGUUUACGGGGCAGGGGAGUCAGGGGGUGGGGAUGGGGAUGGGGUUGUAUGCUGAGAGCGAGGUGGCGAGGCGGGUGUGGGACGAUGUGGAUAAGGCGUUGAGGGAGACGUAUGGCUGGUCCAUCCUCGACAUCGUCCGCACGAACCCCAAAUUCCUCACCAUCUCCUUCGGCGGGCCCAAGGGCCACCGCAUCCGCGCCAACUACCUCGCCAUGACCAUCGAAAAAGUACUACCAGACGGCACCACCGUCACCGAACCCAUGCUCAAAGACCUCACCCCGGACUCGUCCUCGUACACCUUCUACGAGCCCCGCGGCCUGCUCUUCUCGACCCAGUUCGCCCAGCCCGCCAUCCUGCUGCAGGAGAUGGCCACUUUCCUCGACAUGCGCGCACGGGGGCUGGUUCAGGAGGGCGCGCCCUUCGCGGGGCACUCGUUGGGCGAGUAUGGGGCGUUGGCCGCCAUGGCGGAUUUCCUGCCCGUCGAGACGCUGGUUAGAGUUAUUUUUUACCGGGGCUUGACGAUGCAGGUUGCGAUGGAGAGGGAUGAGUUUGGGCGGACCGAGUACGGGAUGGCGGCGGCGAAUCCGGGGAGGGUGGGGAGGUGGUUCAACGAGGAAAUGCUGAAAGAAGUCGUCGGCAUGAUCGCCGAGACGUCGGGCUCGCUGCUCGAGAUCGUCAAUCUCAACGUCGAAGGCGAGCAGUACGUCUGCGCUGGCAAGCUCGAGAACCUCCACGCCCUCAGCACCCUCCUCACCCACCUCUCCCGCACCAAAGACGCCUCCUCCCACCUCCUCUUCACCCCCUCCUCCCGCCCCGCCCUCCAAUCCCUCAUCGCCACCCACGUCGCCACCGCAUCCACCCUCCCCCGCCCCAUCGACCUCGAGCGCGGCGCCGCGACGAUUCCGCUCAAGGGCAUCGACGUGCCCUUCCACUCGUCGCACCUGCUGCACGGCGUCCAGCCCUACCGCAUCUUCCUGCGGCGCAGCAUCGCCGCCGAGGACGUCGACCCGGCGAAGCUGGUGGGCCGGUACGUGCCGAACGUGACGGCGAAGCCGUUUGGGUUGGAUGAGGAGCUGGUGGGGAGGAGUGCGGAGGUCGUUGCUGCUUGA